AAAGCACCUGUUCUCGGAUUAUAACUGGAGCUUGUAUUCAUUAGCAUGAUAAUACGUCUUAGCAACGAGAGACGCGACACAGACAAUUGUUAGACAUCGAUGUAAUUAUCCAUUAUUUCAACAAGUUCUCGGAGGAUAACUAAAUAUUUGAGGUCAUGACAUCGCUGGAAUUUUUUCCACCUGUCGACCACAACCCCAAGGUCCCCACGGAAUGGGGGUCGGGCAAACUGAAAGAGAACAUUAACGCUUGGAAUCGUGGCCAAGGAGAACCGACAUGGCAUUACAAAGGAAAACCAGUAAAUCAGGACUACACCCUCACCCAGCUCAAACUGAGCAACAUUCGAAGCAACGACGAACUGAUUCCACGACCUCAAGUGAUGAAAAUGGGGGAGAUUAUGAUAAACAAGGAUUUUCCUGCGGAGCACCCAUACAGCUCACACAUGUCUCGUUAUGCCGUUUUCCCAACAUUCCAGUCUCCGGAAGAUGCUAAACGUGGUGUCCAGGCGCGCCGAGAACAGCCGAUAAAUGCCGAAAUGCCAGCGACAGCAUUUGAUGUACAAAUUAUUCACAAAACAAAAGGUUAUGGAGAUCGUCGAGAGAUCCAGUAUUUCCCAAAGGAAUCUGAAAAAGUGGGCCUGGAAUGGAAGGGCGAGAAUGGAUUCCAUCAGCUUGUGAAGGCACAUGGUGGCCGUCAACAGUACUAUCCAACUCCACCUAAAGUCGUUUGCCCGAAUCUCCAGGAUCGUGCUGAGAAAAUCACGGAAAGGUCUGCAAACGCACUGCGCAACAUUGAGCGCAAUCAAUGGCAGACGACAUACGAUCUCAACAACACCGGACUCGGACCAUUGAAUCCAAUGAAACUGGAUAACAUGGAUGACAAGAAAAGAGCCAUGGAUGUUUACGGUGUUGAAGAUGAUAAACUGUACCCAAGAUCAAUCAAUACGUUUGAUCCGCCCCGCCCAUUUGAGGGAAGGAUAGCCCGCACCAUCAUUCCCCGUCCUCCUCCUCAGAAGACAAAUUCGGACGAAGACGAAAACGCAGAUUAUAUUCCACGUAAAACUCUACGAGAGCGAGAAGAACAUAGAUUGUGGAAUGGAGCAGAAUAUGUCAACCUUCCUGAUACUACAGAAGAACAAAAUCAACACAUGCAGGCUCUGAGGUGGAAGGAACUGAAUGAUACCGCUCAUCCCGAUCCCAAUCUUGGCGUAGUCAGCCAGCAAAUGGAGAGGCAACCUGCCGAAAAUAUCCCCUGUCCACCUGUUGUUGGAGUACCCCCAGAUACUGCUGAAAACUAUCUCCAGACUACCAAACAAAGACAGGAUGAAACCUUUCAACAAGUUGAAGCCCAGAACCGAUUUGCUGUUCUAGAAUUAGAAAAACCAAGUCAUGUAAUCACGACUUUGAAUCACAAAAUGCAGAAGGUCCAUGAAACUGAAAAGCCCAGGACAUUUUAUGGUCACGAGGGAAAAUACAACGAAGAGCGUGCAGGUCUGUACAAAACAAGUUACAGUCCAGAAGUCCUAGCUCAUUCCAUGAACGAUAUCGAAACAAGUGGUCCUGAGAUCAUGAACACAAUGCACAGCCAUGAGGAUGCAGCCUACUUGCCAACACAGCUCAGUCGAGACAUGAAAGACGCCUUUAGAGGUGUGCGCACACUAAGCCUUAGUCAACCCAAUCUUGCAGGCGAUAGAAGAGAAACGAGGGAAGUUAUACUACCUCAUAACGAACUCAAAAAUGUACAAAAACGUAUUCUUCAGCCAACUGUCGAAAAUGCCAAAGUCAAAGUUCAGGAGGGAGAAACAAUUCUCAAAGAAAGUAAUAUGGGUGAUAGUUUCAAUACUCAUAAAUUCCUUCAAGAUUAUAAAAUCACACCGGCUGGUAGAAACGAACCCCUGAAUUUGAUGUCCGUAGAGAAUAGCAAGCUUAAAAACGUACGAUCAGCAGCUGAGCCUAGGAAUCGAAAUGGAAUGUCGAAGUCUGUCUCGUUUUCAGACAGUGUGACUGUCGCUAGCAGUCGAGAAGACGGCAAGUUCCGUACUUUCAGUGCUGCGAUGGCUGACGGCAAAGAAACUAAUGCAGACGACAAAGCGAAUACGACUCAGUACUUGAGUACACAAGCGGAAUACAGGAAGAAUAACGAAACGUCAUUUAGACGACCCCAACCGACUUUUCUGAUGCCAGAUCCUACACCAGUUAUCAAGGAAAAUCCAGUCGAUACAACAGAACCAGUGAUUUCUCCGCGCCGGGCACGAAGGAGACCCUUCUCGACUACGGAUACAGAAUAUCGAGACGAAUUUGGAAGCUUGUCAUCCAAUGUUGCUCCAACAAAUCUACGUCAUUCAUACACAUUCCAAACCGCAUACGAAAGCCAGUUUCCAAAGUAUCACCACAUAGGAUACAAGAAUGACGAAAGAUUUAACUGGGAACCUGGGCAUGGUGUUCCUAGACCCCAGUCAACUCUUCUGCAAAUUCAGGAUAGUUUCUCAAAAACUGAUGUUAGAAGAAAUUUCCACAGUCAGUUCAGAGAAAAUAACCCAGAUCUUCGAAUGAACAUUAUCCAGGGUAAAAAGCAUGUCUUCGAUGGCAUGGAUGCGCAAGUUUUACACGGAUGAUUGCUUUUGUCAAAAA